GCUAAAGGGGAGAGUGUCUCUGAGUGUCUUUGAAGAGUUGUUUGAACCUUUGGAAAUGGCAAGAUUUUUUGCCCUAGGACCCUUAGUUUUGAUCCUACGCAUGGUCUUAUAUGUCAGUGCUGACCAAUCCACCAACCCCACACCACCCACUGCUUACACCCAUGCAUUACCUACCACUGCAGGGAGUGCUUCUAAUCAGAAAGAAACCCAGAGAAGUACAUCAAUCUCACCCAGACGCACCGCUAUACAACAACAAAACACAGAAACCACAGCGAGCGCUUCUAAUCAGGAAGAAACUCAGACAAGCACAUCAAUCUCACCCACACGCACUGCUAUUCAACAACAAAAGCCAGACAACACAGUCCAUCAGUCAAACUCCUCCACUCCCAUCACUUCAACAAACACAUCAGCAGACACCAGCACCAAAGUCCCUCAGUCAAAUAUCUCCACUCUCAUCACUUCAUCAAACACAUCUGCAGACAUCAUCAAAGAAACAGCCCCCUCACCCCCACGCACUCCUACACAAACCUCACUAUCAACAGAUAAAGACACUCUACCAGGUUCAAGUAAUGACUCCAUCACCUCACCUCCAAACACGACCAUCACAUCUCUCCCCUCCACACAAACCACCUCAACCUUACACACAUCCACCAACAUCACGGAAACAGCCCCCUCACCCUCACACACUCCUACACAAACCUCACUAUCACCAGAUCUAGCAACUCAAACAAGCUCAAGUCAUGACUCCAUCACCUCACCUCCAAUCACGACCAUCACAUCUCUCACCUCCACACAACCCACCUCAACCUUACACACAUCCACCAGCAUCACGGGUACAACAGAAGAACCAUGUCAGUACAGCGUUUUGGAGAGUGUGAACAAAACCGAAGCUCGUGUGGUGAAUAUCACCGGCUCUAAGGACCAAAAUUACACAAUCAGGAUAAAGGAUAAGCACAAUGAGACCCGUGCUGAGAAAAUAUCUCACCAAACUGUCUUUAAAAUUCCUUUUGAAUGGUUAAAACCAUGCACUGUGUACACCGUCAGUGUGGAUGACUGUAAACUCAGUGGAAACAACACCUUUACUUCCAGUAAAAAUGGAGAAACUGUUCCAAAAACUGUUGUGACAAACAUGACAGAUAAUGAAGUGUGUUUGAAAGGAGAAUUCACUGGUAUUCAAUGGGAUCUGACUGAAUGUGUUGAAAUAACGGAGCAAAACUCUUGUGCAUCCACACACACCGUUGUACUGGACACAUGUAACUACACAAUGAAUGUUGCUCUGCCCCCAGUCAAGCCUCACAUAACCUUCAAUGAAACUAUUCCCUCUCAGUUUGAAUGGAUGAAUAAACCAGAACGAUGUAAUGCUGCACUGCUUAUCAUCAACUGCAUCAAUAAUGAGAACAAAAAGGGCACAGUUUAUGGUUUAAAUACCCCAGUGUUAUUAUUACCAAACACACACUACAGCUGCACUGGAGAAUAUCCUCGUGAGAAACAACCCAUCAAGAGUCAUGAGCUCCUCAUUCAGAUCAAAUGUGAUAACGUUAAGGCUGUAUUUGGAUUCCGGGUUUUCCUGGGUGUUGUGACAUCAAUUGCACUGCUGUUUGUGUUCUUCGAAAAGUACUUUCACAAAAGAAAGCGUGAUGGAGAAGAUGGAGAAGAUGAAGAUUGUAUGUGAAUGUUCCUAUGCAUACAAACAGAAUGGAGACCAAACAACAGACGAGGGAGUGAAUAUGAAUGGCUGCACUUUUAUGGACAAAUACUGUGUUAAAAUUAAAACCCGUGUAUCAUCAGAAUAGAUGACUGCAUAUCCAGAGGAAGAUCAACUUUUGGACAUUAUUCACAGUGACUGCAAAAAAAUUAUUUUUAUGCUUGCGAAACACUUGAAUGUAAUUUCUUAAAAAUAAAAGAUUUUGUUACAUUAUAUAAUGAUAGUUGUCUUUAAAUGUGAUUAAAUCCAUCCAAAUACUCU